AUGAAAAAACUAAUUAUAUUCACCGUUUUUAUAGUGAUUGUGUGUGGUUAAUAAGAUUUAGCAGAAGCAUUCACAUAACUAUCCUCAAGUGAUCCUGAUAGAACAAAACUUAAUUGGCCCAAUUUAUCUCAAGCCAUUUCAGAUUUAUUGUGCGAUGUUCAACAUGUAAGAUAAAUAGAGAGUGACACAAAUCAAUAGAAAUCAGCAUUACUUUAAAAAGUAAUAGUUAUAUAUAUAAGCAUAGUUAAUUAUUUUGCAUGAUAGAACUAUGAGCUAAAUAAAAGUAGAUUUAGCAANCUUUUGA